GGCGAGUGGCCUUCGAACGAACGAGCUCAAGGUAAGGUACCAGCGGGUCAGAAGAAGGAUGUAGACAGCGAUUCUGAAUCCGAUGAGCGCAGUGCACAUAGAGGUGGUUUGGAUUCCGAAGCUGCUGACGUGCUUGAGAAGUUUGACGAUUUCCUCCACGAGCAGUCAUCAGGAGGUGGUAUUGGUCGCGAUGAAUGGGCUGCAACUGAUCAGGGUGUCAUAGAUCGUUUGAAGGAGAAGUACAAAAGCGAGAAACGUACCAAACGUAGUUCAGGCAGUACUGAUGAACCAGACGAUAAAAGACACAAUCUUAAUGACACAGUUAUAAAUGCCACUAGUGGAAUUGGAGGAAAUCCGAUGGCGGGAGUACGCGGAAAGCGUGGAGAGUACAUGGAUCUGAAUGAUGCACUGGGCUUGCCACCGGAUGAUAAUAUUGACAUAAAAGAUGAUUUCAUUGUUGAGGUAUGA